GUCAACCCGGCCUAUAACGGUGGCAUAGGACGACGGUUGACCUUCCCCGCGCCGGGGCCGUUACAAGCGAUCUGAACAAUAGUAUGUAACACGCAGUGGUACCGCUUGCGAACGAUACCGUAUCGAAAGGGGGUGCAUUUCUUAUAAAGCGGCCUAUAAAGCUGCGGGCCGCUUGCAAGAGUCCUGCACUCGUAAACAGUCUUUGGCAUGCUUUGGCAUAGCUUACGCUCGGUCGCUUAAACACGCAUAAUAGGUUUAGCAGCGGCUCCAAAUUCAUGCUGCGUAGAAGAAAUCGCCCAGGACCCCGCACCACUGCGCCAGCUCUCUCUAGGCCUAUGGUGGCACGCGGGCUGCUCAUAGAGCCAUUAUUCUGCGCGUAAACGAGAACAACUGCACAUCGUGGCUUUGACGGAAGCAGAGGGCCGCAAGUCGAUGGAGAAUGGCACGUGGCCUGGACGCGCGCUCGCGUCAAACCUGGUGGCCAGCUUGCCGACAUCCCCAGGAGAAGUAGCGAGCAUAUUUUGGAGUGGAGCGCUUGCGGGGUUUUGCCUAGAAGCAGCGGUGCACGGCACUCAGGCCCUGCACUCGCGGUACGAGCAGCUCCGCCGAGGGCACCCGCUCAGCACGUUGGGCGUCAAAUGGUGGGCGGCUGCGUUGCGGACACCUGCACGACCCAGGGGCCCAUACCAAGGAGCAGUCGGCACGCUGGCAGCUGGGACACUGUGGUCAGGCAUUUUCGGCUCUGUGUACGUGCCGGUGCGGGCUGCGGUGGACGCGACCUUGCCACCGGACCAGACGGGCUGGGGGCCGGCGGCUGCGGCGGCGGCGGGCAGCAUUGCGGCUUCCUCCGUGCGCGUGCCGCUGCAGGUGGUGAAGGGCCGCAUGCAGGCGCACGAGUUCUUCUGCUCCCUGCAGGCGUUUGAGCUCAUUCUCCGGCGGGAGGGCCCCGCCGCGCUGUAUCGGGGCUGGGCACGCAGCGUGUCAAAGAACGCCCCCUUCGACGCCGUGCUCUUCCUCCUAUACGACAUCGGGAAAACCCGCAUAACGGAGCUCAAUCGCGCCCGUGGCGGCGGCGGCGGUGGCGGCGGCGCCGCCGCCGCCGCCUGCGCCAGCGGCGGUAGUCAUGGAGCUCCCCUGGCUGCAACAGCUUGCGGGCAAGGGAGCACGGGCGCCGCCAGCGGUGCUGCUUGGGGCGCUGCUGGGGGUGCCAGUGGGGACGGCACAGGGCCGGCAGUUGGGGGGCAUGCCGAGGCAGGCUUGGACUCAUCAGGAGCGCAUGCCGAUGCCGCAGACGGCAGUAGCAGAUAUAGCAGCAGCGCCAGUAGCGGAGGCGAGGGCAGUGGUGAGGCGGAUGGGGAUGGGAUGUACCGGACCGCAGACGCCGCGGUGGUGGGCGGGCUGGCAGGAGCCCUCACAGGGCUGUUGACCAGCCCGCCCGAGCUGUGGCGGCUGCGCGGCCAGCUGAUGCAACAGGCGGAGGCAGCAGCCGCGACAGCAGCGCUGAUGGCAGCAGCAGGCGGAGGCGGAGGAGGGGCAGGCGGCGGGCGUGUGGCAACCGCCGUGGCCUUGGGCGCCUCCGGCACUGCCGCCGCCUCAGCAGCAGGAGGCACAGCGCGCCGUGCAAUGCCGCCGUUUGCUAGUGAUGGUGGUGGUGGUGGCGGCGCCGCCGCUGCGGCUGCCCGUCUACGCGCGGUUGUGGCGGCGGCGCUGCGAGGCAGCCUGCGGGCGCGUGUGCUGUGGGCGGCACUGGAGGGCGCGGUGUUCUUUUCUGCGCUCGAGACCUUAAUUCCGGUAUGUGACCGGGUUUUCAUGCCGGCGGCUGAAUCGCAGCAUCAGUCUGCAGAGUCGGCAACAGCGGGAGGAGGAGGCGGAGGCGGCGGCGGGCAGGAUUACUCGGAGGCGGCAGGGCUGUUGGGUGGCAGCAGCCCAUUGCGCCAUCCGGCACACCCAUUGCACUGGUGAAGAGGAGCAGUAGUGACGGCAGGUGAUGUUACUUGUGACACAGCGUGUGUUCUCUCCUUACAUCGUGGUCGUUACGGUGAUCGGUCGAUAGGAAAGCGAAUGAAGGCUAUACGCUAUGCGGCACGUCCCAGACACGCAGCUAUACGAAGCCAUGCACAAUACUACGUUCUGGUACGCCCUGGUACCGCUGAUAGCCAAGCGUGGCCAUUUUUUGCAGGAUGAGAGGCAACUCACAGCAAGAUAGAGUCAGACACGCACAGGAUUCAAGGCUUGAGAGGUCUCUGGACUGGCAUUUAAAGGAGGCUGCAAGAGUUUGAAUGGUGUUAGCAGGGGUUUUUAGACACGGAGUGUGAGUGAGUGUGCGUGUGUGUGUCGUGUGCGCAUGGCUGGAUUGGAGGACGGCAGGUAUAGGAAGACGAGUGACACAAGAGAUGCGCAGCCUUACAUUCGGACCACAGGUAGGUGUAUGCAAAUCUGGCAUAGCGCAGCAGUACCGCAGUGCAAUGCUUGGUUCUCCAAAUGGAUUGACGAAAUGGUUUCUGCAGCAAGUAGUAGAAAAGGAAAAGGGGAA